AUGGACGGAUUUUUGGUUAACAAUUCGGAAAUGGCUGGAGAGACACGGAGAAACAACGACAAUGGACUGGAAUACCGACAACGAGCUGGAAACCGAAAGGAUGGAGAAGCGAGGAAAAGUUUUGAGACAAGGAAGUACCUGAAAGAGGCGACUUUGAUUGUGAAUGUGGAUGGAGCGAACGAUGCUAAAGCAGAGGAUAUUAUUAAGGCAGUAACGGAGCGAAUUGGAGGAGGAACAAUUUUGGCGGUGAGACCGAGACAAGGAAAAGAGUAUGAACUGACACUGGAGAUGGAAGAAAUGUGCGACAAACUGAUAGAUGGACUGACAGUAAAAGGAGCUAACUGUGAGGUAAAAAAACUGCAGAACAGGGACUAUGUUGUUUCUUUCAUGCAUUUGCCCGUUUAUUUGGAAGAUGAAGGGAUCAUAGAAAAAUUGAAGGGAUGGGGGGUUUUCCCCAUAUCAAAAAUUAAAAGGAGACUAUAUCCGGGCACUAACAUUGAGGAUGGCACAAGGUUUGUCAAAGUGAGGUUCCCUAGAGAAGUGGUUUCCCUACCGUACAGCACGAAACUGGACACAGCAGAAGGGCCGCAAUAUUUCCGGGUGAUGCACAGUCACCAGGUGAAAACAUGUCGGUUGUGCAUGAGCCCGGAACAUCUGGUGAAAGAUUGCCCUGAUUUUAAGUGCUAUAAGUGCGAGGAGAGGGGACACUUCGCACGGGACUGUAAUGCCGUUAAGUGCCCGGAAUGCCAAGAGUUUUUAAAUAAAUGCGUGUGUUGGAUGGAAGAGGAGGAAGGAUGGGGAGGAGAACAGGUGAACGGGCAAAUGCAUGAAAGCAACAACGAGGAGGAAAGAAACAACGAAGAGGAGCAAGAAGCAGAGAAACCACAACAAAAGGAAACAGAAGAGGAAACAAACAAUGGAGAGGAGAGAGAAGACGGUAAAGAGAAAGAAAGCGAUGAAGAACAAACACAAGGAGGAGAUUCAGAGUGGACACUAAUGGAAAUAUCUUCAAGAUCUAAAACUUUUCUGGACGAGAUGGACAAAGAGGGACAAAGAGAAAAGGAACAAAGCAAAGAAACGGACAGUGAAGGAGAGAAUACGACAGAGGAGAUGGAGAAGGACAGAGCGGGGAGAGGAUUAAUAAGAAGAAGAUCGUUGAAGGUAACGCCAAAUGUGAAAACUGCAAGGAAAAAAGUGCUGAAAACAGGACUAGUGAAAUGUUUAAAUAGGUAUGAAGCGUUAAAGGAUUUGGAGGAGGAAGGCUGAGAUGAUGGGUUUUAGGUAUUUAUUACUUUUCUCUUUAAUGGUUUUAAGUUGUGUGACUUUUAAUGCGAGAGGACUUUUGGACUUGAAAAAAUUUGAAAAAGUCAAAGAAAAAUGUAAAAGAGAAGACAUUAUUGUGCUACAAGAAACAAAUUGGAGAGAAAAUGUGAUGAAUGAUUAUAAAAAGAGAUGGGAAGGAGGAAUUUUAUACAAUAAUGGAGACGGGAGGUUUGGGAGAGGUGUGGCUUUUUUAAUGAAGGAUGAUGUUUUUAAAGUGAGUAAAAUUGUAUACAAAGAUAAGAUGGGGAAAUGUAUGGUGGUUGAGACAAAAUAUGAAGGAAGAGAAUUGAUUUUAGUAAAUGUACAUGCACCAACGGAGGAGAAGGAAAAGAAAGAGUUUUUUAAUGUUUUAAGAAGUAUUAUAAAGAAGUACAAGGAAAUAAUAAUGAUGGGGGAUUUUAACACUGUUUUUAGUAAACAGGAUAUGGCAGAUGGUAUGGUUUUUAAAAGUGACAUGGGAAGGAAGGAGUUAAAAGCACUAAUGGAGGAGAAUAAUUUGAUAGAUGUGUGGAGGGAAAGGAAUGAAAAGAAAAGGGAAUUUUCUAGAAGACAAAUUGUAGGUAACUUUAUGUGUCAAACAAGAAUAGAUAUGGUUUUAUGUACAAGAAAUAUAGAAGGGUUUAUAGAGAAAUUAAGGUAUGAAGAAACAAGUUUGAGUGACCACAAGCCAUUUUUCAUACAGUUGGAUUGGGAUACAGGAAAAAGAGGGCCAGGUGUAUGGGUUUUAAAUUCAGACAUUUUAAAAGAUGAAGGUUAUGUUUUAACAAUAAAAGAGAUGAUUGAAACCGAAAAAGAAAACAGAAUGUAUGUAGAGGACAAAAGAAUUUGGUGGGAGAAUGUCAAAUUUUUAGUGAAAAAAUUCACUAUCAGGUAUUGUGUGUUAAAACAGAAAUGUAAAAGGAAUAAAGAAAAAAAGAUAAGAGAAAUAUUGGAGAAGCAAAUAGAUGAUGAACUACAAGAUGUACAAAAAAUAAAAGAAAUACAGGAAGAACUGAAAGAGAUGGAAGAAAAUAAAUAUAAAGGGGCGAUGUUGAGGAGUAAAGCAAAAUAUUUGGUUGAAGGGGAAAAAUGCACAAAGUUUUUCUUUGAUUUGGAAAGAAAAAAAGGAAGAGCCGAAAUGAUAAAAGGCAUAAAAAAGGGAAAUGGUGAAAUAGUAGAAAAAAGUGGGGAAAUUUUAAAAGAAGUAAAAGAAUAUUUUGAAAAGCUUUUUAGUGCAGAAGGGGUAAUGGAGAGAGAAAAAAUGGAACUAAUAGGAUUAAUUAAAAAAAAAGUGGGCAAAGAAGAGAAGGAAGAGUGUGAUCAAAGCAUAAGUAAAGACGAGAUAGAAAGAGCAAUAAAUGAAUUGAACAAAAGGAAAAGUCCAGGCAUUGAUGGUUUGGGUAGUGAGUUUUAUGUAACUUUUAAAAGCAUCUUAAUAAAUGAUUUAAGGGAUGUUUAUGAGGAGAUUUUUAAAAAAGGAGAAAUGAUGUUAAGAAUGGGUAUGGGAUUGAUGAAGCUAAUAUAUAAGAAGAAGGGAGAAAAAACAGAACUAAAAAACUAUAGGCCUAUCACAAUGCUAAAUACCGACUUAAAGAUUUUAGCAAAAAUUUUAGCAAAUAGAUUAAAAGAGAUAAUGCCAAAGAUAAUCACAACAAACCAGGUAUAUGGAGUAAAAGGGAAAGACAUCGCGGAUACAACAAUGAGUAUAAAAGACACGAUAAGGUACAUGAGAGAAAAAAAGAAAGAAGGGUACAUAAUUAGCUUAGAUUUCGAAAAAGCAUUUGACAGGGUGGAACAUGAGUAUCUUUUUGAUAUUUUAAGAAGUUUUGGGUUUGGGAAGAAUUUUAUUAAAUGGAUUCAUAUUUUAUAUAAGGGAGCGUUGACAAGAAUAAAAUGUAAUGGCUUUUUAACAAAAUGUUUUAGAAUAACACGAUCAAUAAGACAAGGUUGUCCUUUAUCGGCUCUUUUAUACUCGUUGGUGGCAGAACCGCUUGGAUUAGCAAUAAAACAAGAAAAGGGAAUAAAAGGAAUAGCGAUUGAAGAAACCAUAGAGGAGAAUAAAAUCUUUCAAUAUGCAGAUGACACAACAAUUAUAGUUAAAGAAGAAGAAAGUGUGAAAAAAGUAAUGGAAAUAGUGCAGAGGUUUUGUAAGGGGUCAGGAGGAAAAGUGAAUAAAGAGAAAACAGUGUACAUGAGAUUUGGAGAGACGGUGGACUUAACAGGGAAUUUUAAAUUUGCAGAAGUAAAAGAAAUGAAGAUUUUAGGGAUUUUAAUGGGGAAGGACGAAGAAAAAGUGAGAGAAUCCCUGUGGGAAGAAAUAGUGGGAAGCAUUGAAAGAAGAUUGAACUUUUGGAAACUGAGGACACUUAAUCUAAAGGGGAAGGUUUUAAUCCUGAAUGUUUUAAUGUCAUCAAAAUUGUGGUAUUUUUUAUAUGUGACAUCUAUGCCAGUGUGGGUGGAAAAACGGCUGAAAAGAUGUUUUUUAGAUUUUUUAUGGGAAGGGAAACCAGCGAGAAUUGCGUACAAUACUUUAAUAGGGGUGGCGGAAAAGGGAGGUUUGGGAUUAAUGGAUGUGGAGCAAAGGAAAAAUAGUCUAAGAGUUAAAUUGGUCAAAAAGUAUCUGGAUGAAGGAAACAAAGCAGAAUGGAAAACAUCAAUGGAGUAUUUUUUAAACAAAUGUGGGAAUUUUAAUCUGGGGGACAAUAUUUUAUGGAUGAGAACAAAAGAGUGGAUGACGGAGGCUUUGCCAAAGUUUUAUAGAGAGGUUUUAAGUGCUUGGGGAAAAUUUUUAGUUAAUGUACGAUACAAUUUACAUGGAAGAGAAAACAUUUUAAAUCAGCCUUUAUUCCUAAACACUGGCAUUUUAAAUCAAGGGAAGGAAAUCUAUUUUAAAAAAUGGUUGGAAGUUGGAAUAGUUAAAGUGAGAGAUGUUUUAUAUGAGUAUAAAGAAGGUUUUUUACCGACCCAGUACAUUAGAGAUGUGAUGGAGGAAGCUAAAGAAGAAAUCAGUAGACAAGAAAUAAAAAACAAGUACGAAAUUAUAAAAAAUGCAAUACCUAAGCAAUGGACAAAAAAAAUAGAAACUAUGGAAGAGGGGAAAGAUGAAAAGGAUGUGUAUGUAAUACUGGGAGAGAAAUUGUGGAUUUUAAAAGAAUGUACAGUGAAAAUGUUUUAUGGUUUUUUUAGAGAUGCAGUUUUUAAGAAACCAAAGAUAAGUGAGUUUUGGCAGAAAACAUUUGAAGGUUUAAAAGAAGAAAAUAUUUGGAACAACAUGAAAGGGAAGAUUAUUGAGAUAAAAUUGGAAAAUUUGGAGUAUUUUAUCAGACAGAGAGUGAUCUUUACAGAUGCAAUGUUAAAUAGAAUCGGAAUGGAGCAAAGUGCCACAUGCAAAGUAUGCUGGGAGAAAGAUGAAGGUUUUUUACAUUUGUUUUUAUACUGUAAAGCUUUGAAGGAUUUUAAUGAAAAAUGUAAGAGAAUUAUUGGAGACUUGGAGGGGGAGCGAGAAGCAGAAGAUAAAGAAUGGAACAAGAUUAUAAUGUUAGGGUGUGACAAAAAGAAUAAAAACGGAAAGGUGAUCAAUUUGUUUGUAAUGCUGAUGAAAAGUGCGAUUUGGGAAAGAAGAGUAGUGGCAAAACAAGAAAAAGUUGUACUGGAUGUAUGGUUGGUGUUGAAAAGAAGGUUGGAAAAAUAUAUGGAAUGUUUGUACUGUUAUUUUAAACAGGAACAGAGAAUGGAGGAAUUUUAUAAGGUUUUUACUCCUGAGAUUUACUUGGUCUUUAAUGAUUUUAAUGUGGAAAUGCCAGGAAGGGAAUAAUUUAUUUUUAAAAAUGUGCUUGUUUUAACUUGUUUUUAAUGAAAUGUUUUCCUGUAUUGGGGAUGUUUUUUUCUGUUUUGUUUUGUUUUUGUUCUUUGUCUUUUAUUUUAGUCUUAUGACUAAGAAAGUAACAGUUUUAUGUGGCAAAGUAUGUUUUAUAUGAUGAUAUUUUUUCAAUAAAAAAAAAAAAAAAAAGCACGCCCGAUCUCGUCCGAUCUCGGAAGCUAAGCAGGGUUGGGCCUGGUUAGUACUUGGAUGGGAGACCGCCUGGGAAUACCAGGUGCUGUAAGCUUUUGCUUCUCCUGGAUUGCUUGAACUCAUACACUUCCCCCUGCCACAGCUGUGAUUUUUAUUCAUUCAUCCUUGGAAAUAGGUUGGGGGGGAUUCAGGUAUUUUCUUUCAAUUGUGCUUGCUCUGUGGCAAAUGACAGCCAGGUCCUUUUUCUUGCCGCCUCCAGGGGGCAGUCCAGAGGCUGGUUUUAUUUUUUUGCUGCCUCUUGACAGCAACACACAGAGCAGGAAAGUACAAACCAAGUGCUGUGCUGCCGCAAAAUUUGUUGGACAUUUUCCAUAGAAAGUGUGCAGAGGUCUUUCUUUGAGUAGGGAAGAGUUUGCGUUGGCCCAGUGGCUUAUUGCUACGUGUUGAGCGUUGGAUUGUGCAGCCGAGUUUUCCCUCUUUUAGCAAACAACGUGGAAGCUAACGUACAGGUAAGCAGGAAAAGGCACUGUGGCCGGCUCCAAUGAAAUCGUAUGUGCAGGAAGGAGGCACUUCACUUUUUUACAAUUAAUAAAACAACAAAUAAAUGAAUGAAUGAAUGAAUGAAUGACCGGUUGUCAGGACAGGGUCUGUUUUUCCUAUCUUUUUUCUUUUUCUGAAACUACAGACCAAGACACGUGUCAAGGAGUGAGGCCCAGGCAGCGGGCUUUCUUUAAAUAGCCCUCUGUUCACAGCAACUCUCGCUUACGGCCAUACCACCCUGAGGGCGCUAGAGUGCAAACAGGAAGUGAUUUGGCAACAGUUGGGAGAGGAAGGCUCUCCCACACCUUUGUUUGUUUUGUUUGUUUUUUUUCUUUUGGAUUUUUGUAGAUUUUUUCUGUGAACUAUUUUUGUUUUUGUUUUUUUGCUUUUUUCUUGGUUUCAAACCACCUAACAGCAGCUUAACGCUGUCUGGAAGGUGGUGGUUUUUUGUUGUUUUUGUUUUUUUUUUGUUUAUAUAUACAAUGGACGGAUUUUUGGUUAACAAUUCGGAAAUGGCUGGAGAGACACGGAGAAACAACGACAAUGGACUGGAAUACCGACAACGAGCUGGAAACCGAAAGGAUGGAGAAGCGAGGAAAAGUUUUGAGACAAGGAAGUACCUGAAAGAGGCGACUUUGAUUGUGAAUGUGGAUGGAGCGAACGAUGCUAAAGCAGAGGAUAUUAUUAAGGCAGUAACGGAGCGAAUUGGAGGAGGAACAAUUUUGGCGGUGAGACCGAGACAAGGAAAAGAGUAUGAACUGACACUGGAGAUGGAAGAAAUGUGCGACAAAUUGAUAGAUGGACUGACAGUAAAAGGAGCUAACUGUGAGGUAAAAAAACUGCAGAACAGGGACUAUGUUGUUUCUUUCAUGCAUUUGCCCGUUUAUUUGGAAGAUGAAGGGAUUAUAGAAAAAUUGAAGGGAUGGGGGGUUUUCCCCAUAUCAAAAAUUAAAAGGAGACUAUAUCCGGGCACUAACAUUGAGGAUGGCACAAGGUUCGUCAAAGUGAGGU